AUGUUUCGGCGCCACAGCCGCGCCGACAUGGCGGGCGUGUCCCUGGAAAAUUUGCUUGCCAGCAAACCUCGAUUCCCCAUGGCAGCGCGUCUCAUCGAAAGCUGGAACGGCUUGACCGAGAGCGAUGUCAUAGCCAAAGACACCGUUUUUAUCAUUCUGUUCACCUGUGUGGAUGAGUAUUUUGUGUGCAAGGACAGUCAGAAUCACCGCUUUGUCAUUGGGGCCGAGUGCCCCGAGCCCUUUGCCGAGACUGGAAUUGACACUGCCACUCCCGUGACUCAGUGGAGCCAGCAUUAUCAAUCCGAAGCGCUACGUUCGCCUGGAGCUACAGCCGCCGCCUUGAAGCAGAUCAGCCUGCCCGCUCUCGUGGUCUUGCGCGACGACCCGUUCCGAGGACGCACACCUCAUCUGCACGACUUCAUCCUCGUGGAGCGGUUGAUGCGACAGCACGUUGCUAUUUGCCAGACCAUGACAACUGCCGGGCAACGGCGUGUCGUGGCUGUUCCUUUGAACUCGGCCAUGCAGUUCAAAGCUUUAAAUCUCCCCAUCCAAUCAUCCCUGCCUUGGCAUACUGAAGCUGAGAUGCGAGCCUACGGACAAGUGUAUCACCGACUUGGCGUCCCCGUGCAUCGCGCCACCCAGUCCACGUUCGAAGAGCAAGUCUGCGUUCAUGAUCGCUUCAAGCAAACAACGCUGCACAACAUGGGUAUCACUUCGCAAAUGUUUGGCCGGACAUCAAAUGCCCUCUCGGGCAAGCGUUCCGGUGCCGCGUCCGUAUCGCCCAAUCCAAGCUUUCAUCAGUCUGCCUAUGGUCAGUAG